AUGAUCACCACCACAACACUGCUAAUGCCAGUCGACAAGCGAGGGGAGGCCUUGAGAAGACCGCCGCUGCGCUUGCCUGUGAUUGCGCCCAAAGAAGACCAAUCUUCCUCGGCUAGUUCCAGCCGCAGUGGCCCUAGUGUCCCUCCCCGUUCCCGGCUACCUCCACGAUCGAGGAGCGGGUGCUGGACUUGUCGCUCGCGCAAGGUCAAAUGCGAUGAAUCCAAACCCAUCUGUGGUCCCUGUGCACGCUUGAGCCUCAAUUGCGACUUCAAUCCGCGCAUCUCUUUCCGAAAUGACACCUCUCGAGUUCUGGGACGCAUGCAGGACGUCACCAUCGCCGCAAGUCCUGUCUGGGAUCCAAAUUCUCCUGCGCUGACCGAAAACAGCCCUGGAUCGGCCGAGGUGGACGAUCUCCCGCCGUUCGCCAGCCUAACCACAGAUGAGGAGCGUGAGAAGAAGGCAGGAAGGUCCAGCCCUGGAACGUAUAACGUCGUCGUCAAUCCAGAAAGCUUCCAGCAUCUCCCAGAGUACAACGACGAAGCCGAAAUCAAACGAGAAUUAUUGCCGCCUCUACGUCGAGACUCCGUGGCCACCUCACUCGGAAGCAGUCUCGGUCGCGAACCCGGCGUCGAAGCCAUUCCCGUCUCGGGAGACCCCAACGUUGUUGUGUUGCCCAGAUUUCAAGAUGUCAAACGACGCAGUACCUUCAGCUCCAAUCGGGCUCGAUCACCCAUAUCCCCGACAGGCCGACAUGCAUUGGUCAAGGAUGAAGCAACUAUCAAGGUUGAGGACCAGGAGGAAGCUGUGCUCAGCGAAGAAUCAGAUUCCGUGACCGAGUCGUCCGGGGUAGGUCAAGAAGCCAGGUACCUGCGCCAGUUUCGGCAGGUGGUUUGGAAACACUUGGUCCCAGCAGAACCUGACCAAAGAGAUGGCAUGGCACGGUCAAGUGUUCACAUCCUGGAACACGCCGCCAACGGUUUUCCUCCGUUACACCACGCGAUGAUGGCUGUCGCAGCGUUGAGCGUGGCUGUCCAAGAAGGAAAAGAGUGGCUCGAUGCUCUUCAACAUUAUCAACAAGCUUUGCCAGCAUUGCAGUCGACACUUCGAGGCCCCGACGACCUGUCGUCUGAUGGUGCUUUUCUGACCCACUUCCUUUUAUUGGUCUAUGAGAUCGCCGCCGCCGACGCCGAGCACUCGAAUCUUUGGUCGCAGCACCUGUUGACCCUUUUGCAAAUUUCGCUUCUACGGCGCGAAGAGCUAGGCGGCGAAGUAUUCCCAUUUGUCGUUUGGUGGAUCUGCAAUGUUGACCUCGACGCUCUCCUCAGCGGCGCCGGCAGUGGUGGAUACGUUGAAUCUUUGUUGAACAACGAUUACAUUCCUCCCCCCAGCUUCCACUUAUACCCUCUUGGCCAUGAUGGCUCGAGUGUUCUGUAUGCCGAUGAGGUGGAAGUUCUGCCAACUAUCCUACAACUUGACUAUGAGGUGAGCAUACUUGCCAUCCGGCUGGCACUCCUGGCACGCGAAUUUCGAAGUGAUAUCACAUUCGACAGCGCGGAUCUUCUGCAAAGAAAUCAAGCCGUGCAAAUCCGCCAAAGCCGGAUUUUCGAGCUUCAGGAAGCGUUACGCCAGUUGUGGGUGACACCGGCGGUGAUGAUGAUCAAUCAAGAGAUCGAUAACCUCUCAGUCCGCCCGAAACAGCUGUAUGAGCAUGCUGCGUCCUUGUAUCGAGCAUGUAUCAUCUACUCGCAUACAUCCAUGUGGCCCGGGCAACGGCUCGAAACGUCUCCAGACUACGACACAGAACUCGCCGUGGCUUCGAGUCAAAUUUUGCAGAUGACGGGCAAAGCCCUUGCGGAGGAUCGAUCAUACUGUCGGUAUCUCGUGUUCCCAGUCUUUAUGGCCGGGUUCGUGGCGACGGAUGGAGCGCAUCGAAUGCACGCGGUGGACCUGCUCCGCGAGAUGGAGAAGACCAGCAUCGGCCGCAAUACAACAACGACACGGAAAGUACUGGCGGCGGUGUACGAAAAGCAAAAUGAGCGAUUCAUGAAUACUGGACAGAGUCUGGAUGUGGACUGGAUGCACGUGAUGGUCGAGGAGGAUCUGAUGAUUGUGAACUUUGGGCUUUGA